AUGACGAGUGUGAUCGAUGCAAUUGACAGCAACGGUGCCUCAGCAACAGAGCCACGGCAACAGAGCUCCACGGCAACAGCGUGCCGUGUCUCCCCAAUGGAGCUGCCAUUGGGCGGACCAGCGCUCAGGCACUACACCCAGAGCAGACCGAGACCUCACCGACAAAAACUGAACUAUCGUCCCAGCAGACCGCAGGAGACAAUAAUUGAGAGUGAAAAUGAAGUCCUUGAGCUCAUGGGGCGAGUGGAUGAAGGAGUUGAAGAGUUCUUUACUAAAAGAGUACUUCCUACUGAUACACUGAAAAAGCAAGAUGAGGAAUCUAUCACGGUGCACGAAGUGGCUCCUGCCAGCUCAGUCCCUUGUCCACCCCCAACAAAAACUCUCAGGAGGAAGCUUGGUGAUUUCUUCACACUCAAAAAGAGACGAGGUUUGAAAUCAGAGACAAGCCACGAGGGGCGUCCCAAAAAGGCCUCCAUCGCUGAUCUCAUUCGCCCGCUCAGGGAGGUCGCCAGAGCUGAGAAAGAAAAAGAUAAGGACAGAGUCAAGGAACACGACAAGGAAAAUGAAAAGGAGAAAGCAAAAGAACCUCCCAGUGCUGUUGCUGGAGAGUCAGCUGGUCAGGAGACACCUGUUUCUGGUGCUCCAGCGCUGAGGGGUGAAGCGGUGCCUCCCCGCCGAGCUCUCAGAGAGGGGAAGUCCCAGUCUCUCAUUUUGCUGUCUGGAUCAGCAGCAGCAGGGACUACUAAUGCCAGAAACACUGCAAAGAAACAAUUUGAAGGCCAACAUAGCUUUGAACAAAAACUCCAUCUCAUGCUUCAACGUAUUGGAGUUUCCAAACAACCGUCAGGAGAGACACAGAAUCAGGAGGGAGAGAUGAAAAAAGCAGAAUCGGAAGGUACUAUCAUUGACAGUAAACCUGAGCCACCUCCUACUUUCUCCAAACCUCGAACGAUGUCAGCUUCAUCAGAUACAAGGCAUCAAAUUCGACCAAGUGUGUCCGCACACGAGUCAGCUGGGAAACCUGCUUUGCUACCAAAGCCAGUUAUCAAACCAGGUCCACCCCCCACAACAUCUGGCCGCAACACACCUGAGAAUGAGCUAGCCCAAAUACAGGAAGGGGAGACAAACACGCCCACUAAACUCAAUCGAACUGCAGCUCCGUCUGCUCCCGCUGCUCCUGCCCUCACUGCUACCAUUUCACCUGACGCCCCCAUUACCACUUCUUCCACUCUGAUCUCCGCUGCCUUUCCUCCCACCAACUCCACCUCCUUGUCCACCACCACCACCACCACCACCACCACUACAAGCCCAACAACCACCGACUGCAUGACCUCUGUCUCUGCUUCCACCAUUACUCAUCCAGCCAUCACUAGCCCCGCUGAUAUCUCUGUUCCCUCUACUUCUUCUAGUGAAACAACCCCUACAGGCACCACUUCCACUGCCACCAGUUUAAAUUGUGCAGAUACCACUUCCACCACCAGUUCAGCAACCACAGCUACAGUUAGCUCCACACUCUCGAUUGAUUCAGACCCACCUUACACUAACAAUGUCAGCACUACCCUCACAACCCCAACUAUCUCUGGCCUCCCUGCUACUGAUAACUCAAAUGCUACUUCUCACCAUUUGACCAGUCCAGCACACUCCAAUGAUAGUCCAGGCCAAGAUAAUAAUUUACAGACACCUCCUGAAGAAAGAUCCAGUACAGAGCCAGCAGAAAAGGGCACAGCUGAUGAGGAGCUUGGUAUGGUCCAAAAGAGCAAGCAAACUGAGAUGGGUGAAAACAAGGUAAUUGUCAAUGGUGGGAAGAAGGGCGAGAAUGAAAAACCAACGCUGGUCACCAGUGAAGAAACAAGAAAAGAAGCUGAAGCUGAAGAAGACACAAUGGCUGAACCUCCAUCAGGGAAAGAGGGUGAGCGGUGCAGCAAUGAGGGUGUGGUAGAGGGUCAAAAACAAGAAGAAACUAAGUCAGUGUGCAAGAAGUAAUUAAAAAAAAUAAAGAAAUUGCUAAAUAUGGGACCAACUACUGUGACAGGGGCAGGAGAGGCCACAGUAAAGGGUAAAGUGGGGGACGAUCCAUGGCACUUCCUACAGGGACCACCACAUUACAGCAGCACACCACAAAGGGUGGGCCACUGGACCAAAGAACUGAGAUCCCCUUGGUGUGAUGUAAUCAACAAAUCCAGCAGUGUCUUUGUCCUUUUUUAACUUAUGUUUGACUUUUUUGCAUUGCACGUAUGAUUAUGUACCAUAAGACAUCUACUGUGGUAAAUUACACCAUGUUUACAAUAGAUGGAUA